AUGAAGAAGAAGAAGACUGCAAGCUAUGAUAUAUUUCUUCCACCCAACAACAACAACAACCGGCAAACCAAGAAAUAUACAUUCAAUAUUUUUUCGUUCUGUUUCUCCCGUGGCUGGCUGGCUGGCCGAAGAUUGGCUAGAUUCCAAGUAGACACUCUCCCCAUACACUCCUGCUCUUGUGAGCUUGGCUUGGCCCUUUUGCGACCCCCAGAACCCCGUCCGAUCGCUGCUCGAUUGAUCACUACCCCCAUUCAAGACGCACGAAGAGACCCAAGCUUGGCCUCACUCAAGCCCACCCUGCUGCCGGCUUGUCAAGUUGUCAGGAAGAGUGAUCCCCUUUGAGCUCGUGCGCACGGACGACCAGGAGAG